AUGGCAGAGAAGACACAGCCAGGCCAGCUAGCCGAGAAAGAAGGUGCCAGCAACGCCAUGCACGAGGAGAACAAGGAGGGUGUCAAGGAGGGCGUCAAGGUAGAGACUGUCCAGGGCUCACUGGCUCUCGACAUCGCCAGGCGGACCAAUCCCCCGAAUCCCUGGAGCGUUCAGAUGAGAAAGCUAUAUUUAUUCCUGACUGUGGCGUAUCUUUGCUCAGCUUUAAACGGGUUUGAUGGGUCGCUUAUGGGUGCUCUGCUUCCCAUCGAACAGUUUCGCAAAACUUUCGGCUCUGGCUUGGUCGGUGCCAAAGCCUCUUUGAUUCAAGGAAUGUACACCAUUGGAGGUGUCUCCGCGCUGCCGUUUGUCGGAAUUAUUCUCGAUUCUUGGGGUCGACGGUCCGGCAUGUUUCUUGGAUCCUGCUCUGUCAUCCUGGGCACUAUUCUUGGUGGUACUGCCAACCACAUGGAUCAAUUACUCGCCAGCCGAUUCUUCCUUGGUUGGGGAUACUCCUUGGCCUCCGCUGCCGCACCCGCCUACGUCGUCGAGAUGAGUCACCCUGCAUACCGUGACAUUCUGACCGGUCUAUAUAAUUGCCAGUACUUUGUCGGAGCUAUUGCCGCUGCUGGUGCCUGUCGAGGAUGCCUAAAAUACCAGAGUUCUCUCGCGUGGCGCAUCCCCAUCUGGUGUCAGUUGAUUUCGUCCAGCAUGGUGGUGUUGAGUGUUUGGUUUAUACCCGAAUCACCUCGAUGGCUCUAUAGCCAUGGGCGCCGUGAGGAAGCCUGGGACGUUAUCACCAAGUAUCACGGCGAGGGCUCCCGGGAUAAUGCCUAUGUUCACCUGCAGGUCCGAGAAUAUGAAGAGGCGAUCAACCUUGAAGGCUCGGAUAAGAAGGCAUGGGACUUCAGAUCUCUUGUUAAAACAAAGGCCGCGAGAUGGCGCCUCUUAUGUGUGGGUAUCGCAUCUUUCAUGAGUCAGUGGGCGCAGGCUGGUGUCACAACCUACUACAUCGGCGGGCUUCUAGCGUCAGCUGGUAUCACUGAUACAGCGCAAGUGCUGAACGUCAAUCUUGGAAACACCAUUCUUUCCGCUGGCCUAGCCUAUCUGGGAAGUUAUCUGGGCCCAAAAAUCCGACGCAGGCCUAUGAUGCUGGGCGCGUCUGUUGCUUGCACUAUCUGCUUUGCGUGUUUCUCAGCCACAACCGGGGUGUACACAAACACAAAGAACGCAGGAGCGGCCACUGCUUCUAUCGUAUUUAUCUUCUUGAUUGGCGCUUGUUUCAGCUUUGGCUGGACCCCAUUGCAAGCCAUGUACGCCGUCGAAUGCCUUUCUUAUGAAACUCGUGCCAAGGGCAUGGCUAUGUACUCCGUCUUCACCAAUAUUGCCUUGCUGGUGAAUCAGUUCGGAGUCGGAAAUGCCAUCGACGUCAUUGGCUGGCAUACAUAUAUCAUUUUGGCCGGCUGGAACAUCGUCCAGGGAGUGUUUAUCUUCUUCUUCGCUGUUGAAACAAACAACCGGACGCUCGAAGAGCUCACGGAGAUCUUUGAUGCUCCCAAUCCCCGGAAGAAGAGUACGGAAGCACGACAGGUCUUGGUUUCUGAAAAUGAGAACCAGGUGGUGCAAGUUAAGAGUGCAUAG